AUGGAAAAUUGGGAAGUCCUCAAUACAGCAGUCUUGACAGGGCUUCAGGUGUCCCAAACAAUGAAAAUAUUCAUCGUCUCACAAGCAGGAAAAGCAGCCGACGUGACUUACCAAGCAUCAUGUCACUCGGAAGAUGAAAGUGUUUUAAAGGUGUCAUCUUCUUGUGGAUCAGUGUACGUGGAUGGCAGCGAAGCCCGAGGCUCAGUGAAUGGCUCCGUUUUGGUUAAGUAUGGAACUUAUACGGGACUGGCAGAAUUUACGGUGUGGAUGCCGGAAUUUCCAUUGGAGUUAUCUGUCGCCGACACCAGAUUAUCGCAGCUUAAAUCAUGGAGGGUGCCGGAUUAUCACCCCAGCGCUUCAAAAUCGAGAAGAAAAAAACGCUCCUUUAGCAGCGGUUGGGGUAUGAGUUCUACUGACGAUAUGGGUAAUGUCAUCGAGAAACCAAUUUGUCGACUCAGAUAUCAACAAACGUCUGUUGAAGUGUACGCGCGUUUCUUUGCUUCGGAUCACACGUCAGGUCGUACCACUUACCUGAUCAAUAGAAGGACAUAUCUACGAGUGACCGAUUUAGUACUACCUUGGCUUCGAGUCAGUGAUCCAAGGAUUGCUAGUCUCCAUGGAAGAGUUCUGCAAGGAAGAAGUGUUGGAAGAACAGAAGUGCAGGUACUGUCUCCAAUAACCAGCAGAGUAUAUGGUUCCAAAGAAGUAAGAGUGGGCAAUGACAAGGUUGCUCUAAGCAGACUCUCCGUACAAGUGGUUUCUGGAUUGCAACUCAACAUUUCACCCGACAGUUCCCUGGAAAACGUAUAUGUUGCGGAGACAGGCAUAACAAGAAAAUUAACUGCCCAGUAUCAGGAAGGUCUUCUAGAUAUUGAGCUAGAGUUCUCAGAUGGUCAAAAAACUCCUCUUCGGGACAUCUCUGAUACGGAUUAUCACUUAGUUGUUGAAAGUCUGGAUCCUGAGGUGGUAGCAUUUGCCCCAAUGGUCGCUUCUCACCAUCCACGAGUCAUAGCCGUAGGUGAAGGAAGUGGAGAUCUUCUUCAGGUUACUCUUCUGUUGGCAGAAGAGUGUAGGAACAGUGGUAGACCGAAGAUGAAAUCUGCAGGUCCACUCGGUACUGCUGCAGCAAGUAUCACUGUAGAUUUUAGCACUGAUUCAGCACACAGACCAGAUAUCUUACAAAACGAUGGAGGCAGCUAUGGUGGCACUAAAGGAAGAGAGUUUUCAGAUCUGCAGGAUAUUUUGAAAGGUUCUCCCUCAAAUGAUGAAGACUCUCAGGAACCAAAUGUUCAGGCUCGUCAGUAUCAAGGUAACAAUAAGGGCGUUCCAAAACAGAGAGCAACACCUCAUUCUACUCCACUAGAGAUUAGCAUGUAUGUUUUACUUGCUGCAUUCUGUUGUGCAAUAGUGGUUUUUGUGGUAUCUUGUGUUGUAUAUGCUUCGAAGUUCAAACCGAUUGAAGCUGGAGUAACGGCUGGUAUUCGACCAUCUCCCGUGAAUCCCACCAGUCUUGUGAUUCACCGAGAACCUCGUAAACCUCGCGAGUCGACAACGAAUGCCCAUGAUUGGGUAUGGCUAGGUCGGGCUACUAUUGAUCCUUCCAUUCGCAAUUCUACUGUCAAUAAUAACCCACCAGACAUGAGAAUCAUCACCAACCCUCUGAACAUGAACUAUUGUGAACCUGAAGACAGUUUGGCAACAAGUUUCAGCAAUCCCACUCAUAUUGAGCUACCAAGCAGAAGUGAUCUCAACUCCAAUAAGGCCAUCGACAGCAGCACUUAUUGUAAGAGCAAAGUUGGUGGAGGGAUAACUAAUGAUAACGAUAAUAAUGAUGAUCUUCAAGUGUGGAAUAAACCUACUCCACCUCCACCACUUCCUCCUCAUGGUGUGCCACUUCAACCAGCUGAACGACCUAAACCACCUCAAGACAUAAACGAUUAUCGACCUCCUGUGCCGCCACACCGUAAUAUAGGAGUCUCUGCAAGCAGUACCUCAUCGGUUGAAAUGCCAUCUCCAAGAAAGUCUCACCAUCACCAUCAUCACAGAAAUAGGAGUCAAGACAAAUCAAGUCAUUUUAGAGCUAAUUCAAGGCCACAGAGUGGACAUGAUAGAGAAUCUUCUGUUGAAAAUGCAGACAAAAUGGAUGGCAACAAAGAUCAAAUCAUGUUCGAAUUUGAUGAUGAACCACCAACAUCAGUAACAAAAAGAGAAGAUAAAAUGGAGUUUGUUCAGUAUCCAAAAUCACCAAAUGCUAAUAGCAAUAGAAACAGUGCAGAAGUUAAAAGAGCAACAAUAGUUGGAAAUCCUAUGUUCAGUGCAGAUGAAAACAAUAUUGAAGUUAAUAAAACAACUGCGGAACUGCCAAGUUUAGAUGACCUACAAUUGGAUAUGGAUUACGAUCAAAUUAUGCACUAUUUUGAAAAUCUGAAGGAGUCGAAUGCCUGAGUAGAAGAGAUCAUUGCAAAGAUCCGUGAUAUAAUGUUGUCCUUCAGCGAGCAGUACCGAGCCGCCGCCUUAAACGGCAACUCAACCAGUUCAGAUCCUAUUCGGAAUAAUGUGAAUCAGAGUUUUGAAUACUUCUUCGAUCAUCGGAGCCAUUCGUACGCUUAAAAUUUCUGUAAUUCACUUCAGGGUCAAUUAAUAACUGGAUGGAUGUUAAGAACUUUCUACUAAUUCUAUCAUAAUGUAUACCCAUUAUAUAAUAAAGCAAGACUGAUUACAUAUUCGCUUAACGGUUCAAUUCUGAUUUCAAGAAUUCAUUCAAGAGAUGACAGAGAAGAAAGGUGGAAAAGGUUUCAAAGAAAAGAAAUUUGCAUAUAAACAUUUUCUAUCUUUCAAAUAUCGAGUUACCUUGUUAGUCAUUUUCAUGUAUGAAUUGAUGUACAGUAUGUAUGUAAGGAUAUUUUUUUUGAAAAUUUCCUCUGAUAAUUUUCUGUUGAUUCAAUUUUUUUAAUCUACUUUUUUGACUAUCUCUUAGCGAGCAAAUAUUGUAUAAUUUCAAAGACCGAAGGAUCAGAGGACUUUUUCAUAUUUCCUUGACAGAUGAACAUGUUUAUAAAGGGUAUUACAACGAUAAAGAAAGUAUUUGCUGAGGAUUUUUGCAGUGAUCAAGAAAAAAUAAUCUAGUCAAAAAACUGUAAGCUUUAUUUGAAUUUGUAUUGACUACUUCCCUUACAUUUUGAAUGCACAAAUUAUUGUUCCUGACAAAAAAAUGCUUCUUGCUUUGUACCAUAUAAUUACCUAGUUUUCUGUAUGUAUUGGCAAUAAUUGUUUUAUAUAUCCUAUAUGAAAAAGCACUUGAUAAUUAGACUUUUAGGUUGAUUUGUACAAUUUUGUAUUAUAUAAUUCUGUAAAUAGUAUAGAACAUGUAUAUUUCCCUACCUGAUAUAAAAGGGAAUGUUUCUUGCUUCAUUACUACUAUGUCUAUUUAUUUAUCUAAGUCAGAAAAAUUCUCGAUUAUACGAUUGCAUUAUUAUAUAGGGAGUUAUGUUAGUUAUCAACUGUUUCUACUGUCAAUGUAGUAGUGUAAUGAACUAUAUAAAUCAAUCUGUUUAUUUCAAAAGUAACAAAUUUAUUCCAAGAGCCAUUGGGUGUAUUAUAUGUUUUGUUGGCAAAAAAUAUGUAUAUAUUGACAUAGUCAGACUGCUUAAGUUUACAAUAAUAUGCUCUUAGGCCAAAACUGGCAUUUCCAUCUAGUCUAUGUUAUAUUUAAAAUGUAUUCAAGAUCAUGCAUAACGUAAGGGCUUUUGGAGAGUUAGUUUACUACUAGCACUUCGUGUUUGCUUCUUAGAAUACUCACAUUUCCCUAAAUCUUACGGGUCUACACACAUCUCUCCAAAAAUCUUCCAAGGUAUUUUAUUUAUCAUGAGCCAAUGAGAAGAUAAUAGUUCAGCAAUUAAUUAUCGAAUAUUUUGUUAGGAUACAUCAGGGGUGGACUGAAAUUUCUGGAGUUGAUAGAAUUAACUUUGAAAAAAUUUUGAAUUGUUCCACUUAAUGCUUAUAUUUUUCUUGGCUCUUGAUACAGCAUUACUUAAUAUACAGUAUUAUUUUCAUCACAACUUUCACAACUUGGGAAACCAAACAGUUCAUAUUAUUCUUAUAGUAUGAGAUUUUGUUUUCUGGCAUUUUUCAUUAAAUAACUUGUAAAAGAACUCUGCUUAUGAAAUUAAUGUGUAUAUAUAUACUGUUAUAACUGUUAUUGAUACUAGAUUUACUCCCAAUCUUCAAAUAUUGUGCUUGAAAAUGAUAUCAAACUCCAAGAAUAGGAAUAACUUUAAACAAAUUUUGAUGUGUCCAUUGCUUAGGACAACAACAGACAUAGGAUGUAUCUGUUGUAACAAUCAGUGAAGGCACUGUGAUCAAAGUGAGUUUUCUUAAGAAUUGUAAACAUCUCUGAAAAAUUGAAUAAAAAAUAAAAUUGAACUUUUUUUCAUAAAUUUCCAUCACUACAAUUUAUAAUUCAAAAAUGCUAAUUUGAAACUUCAAUGAUUUUAUCAUAUGACAUAUAUGUUUUUGAGAGAAACAUUUAUUCUGUAAAAUAUUUUGUAAAAGUAAAAGCCUCUUUACAUUUGCAUCAAAAGAAAAAUCAAUGUUGACAUUUUUAUCUUCACUUUUUUGAAUAUCCCAUAUUGCAAUUAGUAUUUUUGUUUCAAUAUAUCGAGUGUAGGAUCAUAAAUGUCUUUUACCUUACUUCUGGCGAAGUUAUUCUCCAGGUAUAUCCAAUGUUACAUUCCUUGGUCCUACAAAACUUGGUAAUAUUUUAUUUUAGAUUUGUUCAAUUCGUAUGUGAAAAUUGCAAAAAAUUAUAGUGUUGUCUGUCACACAUAUCAAAUGUAAUAAAAUGAAAAAAUAUUACCAUUGAGUUUCCGAAAAUUAACUUGUCCUUUGGUUGAAUUUUAUAAUUCUUCCUUGUCUUGUAUUUUUUUCCACGUGGUGUAUGUUGACAAAAAUUGAUGUAAAUUGAGUGAACUGAUAUAUGUACAAGUACAAUAUUGUAAGUUACCAUACAAAUCAGUAAAAAUAAAGUAUUUGUAACUGAAAA